AUGUCGUAUUAUCCUCCUCCAGGGCCGCCCCAGUACGGCGGGUAUCCGCCGCAACAGUAUCCGCCGUCGAACAACUACGGUGCUCCUCCGCCACAAGCCUACCCGCCCCAGCAGAACUAUGGUGGUUACCCUGGCCAGGGCCAGCAACACCACUAUCAGCAGCAGCAGCAGCACUCUUCUCCCAACACCGGAUACGGCUAUCACACUCCCUCGCCGCAGCCGCCGUACAAUGGCGGCGGUGGAUACGAUCGACCUCCCCCGCCGCCGGCUGGAUACGGCGUUCCUCCUCCAUCGCAUUCACCUCAUCCGUCACACGGUGCCGGGUAUGGACGGCAAGCUCCUGCACCACCCGGAUACGGCCACCCAGCACCUCCACCCACCGGAGGCGUUUCUUUCGGCCAUGGCGCGCCCCAAGGAUACCAAUUUCAAUACUCCAAGUGUACCGGUCGGAGAAAGGCUUUGAUGAUCGGAAUCAACUACUUUGGCCAGAAGGGCCAGCUGCGCGGGUGCAUUAACGAUGUCAAGAACAUGUCUUCGUACUUGAACCAGGCCUUUGGCUACGCCCGAGAAGAUAUGGUGCUUCUCACCGAUGACCAACAGAACCCGAUGAGUCAGCCGACAAAGGCCAAUAUUCUCCGAGCUAUGCACUGGCUGGUGAAAGAUGCAGAGCCGAAUGACUCUUUGUUCUUCCACUAUUCUGGGCACGGUGGUCAAACUCCCGAUCAGGAUGGAGACGAAGAUGAUGGGUAUGACGAAGUCAUUUUCCCCGUUGAUUUCCGAUCGGCCGGACACAUCGUGGACGAUGAAAUGCAUCGUAUCAUGGUCAGACCCCUCCGACCCGGUGUUCGACUGACGGCUAUUUUCGAUUCCUGCCACUCCGGCUCCGCAUUGGAUCUUCCAUACAUCUACUCCACCCAAGGUGUGCUCAAGGAGCCCAACCUGGCCAAGGAAGCCGGUGCCGGUUUGCUUGGUGUUGUCUCGGCAUACGCGCGUGGAGAUAUGGGAGGCAUGAUGUCUACUGCAAUGGGCCUCAUCAAGAAGGUCGGCAAGGGCGACGAAGCCUACGAACGCACACGACAGACCAAGACCAGUCCCGCCGAUGUCAUCAUGUGGUCUGGCAGCAAGGACGAGCAAACUAGUCAAGACGCAACCAUCAACGGCCAAGCCACCGGCGCCAUGUCGUGGGCUUUUAUCAACGCUCUUAAGAAGAAUCCUCAGCAGAGCUACGUCCAGUUGCUGAACAGUAUCCGCGAAGAGCUCUCUACAAAGUAUACCCAGAAGCCUCAGCUGAGCUGCAGUCACCCAAUUGACACCAAUAUCCUCUACGUUAUGUAA